AUGUCACGGUUGCCGCCGCCAUCGUUGCGGCCAGAGGCCGAUGGGCAGAAGCAGCAACCGCCCCAGAAGCGGCGAAGCGACUACAGGGGCUUCGUGGCUGGCGUCUUCAGCGGUGUCGCGAAGCUGUCAGUGGGACACCCGUUCGAUACCAUCAAGGUGCGGCUCCAGACGACCGAGGCGGCACGCUUCGCAGGUCCGCUGCAGUGCGUCGUCCAGACGGUGCGCGGCGAGGGCAUCCGGGGCCUCUACAAGGGUGCCACGCCACCCCUCGUUGGCUGGAUGGUCAUGGACUCUGUCAUGCUGGGUUCCCUGACCGUCUACAGGCGCCUCAUGGCCCAGCAUGUCUUUGGCGUGACCUCAUGGGUGCCCGGCGCCGGCGAUGGGACCACGGGCUUCGGCUUCCGGGCACUGCUGGCCAUGUCCGCCACCACUGAUGUGUCUUCCCCAUCGACGCCCUCAUCAUCAACCUCGUCACCAACCUCGGCGACUCCAAUUUCUUCUCCCCUUCUGUCGCAUCUCCCGCCUCUUGGUCACGGCCUUGCCGGCGUGCUCGCCGGCGCAACCGUCAGCUUCAUCGCUGCGCCAGUCGAGCACAUCAAGGCGCGUCUGCAGAUCCAGUACGCCGCUGUCAAGUCGCAGCGCCUCUACUCCGGUCCGCUCGACUGCGUGGCCAAGAUCUACACACACCACGGCGUCCGCGGCAUCUACCACGGGCUCGGCGCCACUCUCCUCUUCCGCGCAUUCUUCUUCUUCUGGUGGAGCAGCUACGACGUCCUCUCCCGCCUCCUGCGACGCAACACCGAACUCUCGGCGCCCGCCAUCAACUUCUGGGCCGGCGGCCUGAGCGCCCAGGUCUUCUGGCUGACGAGUUACCCGAGUGAUCUCGUCAAGCAACGCAUCAUGACCGACCCACUAGGCGGGCCCUUGGCUGACGGCCAAAGGAAGUACGCCCGCUGGAAGGACGCUGCCGUCGCCGUCUACAAGGAGAAUGGCUGGAAGGGCUACUGGAGGGGCUUUCUGCCUUGCUUCCUGCGAGCCUUUCCCGCCAACGCUGUCGCUCUCGUGGCCUUUGAGGGUGUCAUGAGAACGUUGCCCUGA